AUGUUUAUCAGAAUGAAGAAAUCUGAAGACAGUGGCAGUAAAGUGUCAUUUACCUCAGUUUCCAAUUUCACUAUUCAGUCAAUUCUUGGAACUGUGUCCGAGGACGCGCACAAGGACAGUUGUAAUUCCCGUUCCAACGCGGGGCUGCUGCAGAGACAACGCAUGCGCUCCGUGUCUUCAGAAGGAUUCAGCGGUGGGGAGGAUUCGACAGACUUCUACCCUUUACCCGGAGGAAAGAAACCACGCAAUGACCUCAACGAUCUCACACUUUCUUGUCUCAGUGACAAAAACAGACUAAUUCUGGGGCAAGAGAUGGUGAAGAGACAUCAACUUUUUCAUGAUUAUAAAGAAGGUGACCAGAGAUACUACAACCAAACAUCACCUGCUAUUUCAGAGGGAAAGGGUCAUAUUGACGACGACGAAACAUCCAACUCAUCAAGGAAGAAGUCUCGGACCGUAUUCUCGCGGAGUCAGGUUUACCAACUAGAAUCGACGUUUGACCUGAAACGUUACCUUAGCAGUACAGAACGAGCGAGUCUCGCCUCCAGUCUCCAGUUGACAGAGAUACAGGUGAAAACUUGGUUCCAGAAUCGGAGGAACAAGUGGAAACGUCUGCUUUCUGCGGAGAUAGAGGCGGUGAACAUGGCUCACGCAUCAUCCGCACAAACUCUGGUUGGGAUGCCGUUCUUCUUCAAAGAGAAUUUCCGGCUACGGAUUCCUGUCCCUGGAUCAAUGACUUUCCCUACACCUCUAUGUUAUCCAGGGAGCAACAUGCAAGCUUUACCUGUGUACAAUUUUUAUAAUAAAAUUGAAUAG